AUGGCCCAAGCUCGGCAGGGAUGUGGAGGGGCUGGCAUCCUGGAGGCCGAGCUCACCUGCCCCAUCUGCCUGGAGCUGUACCGGGAGCCGAUGGCGCUGAGCUGCGGCCACAACUUCUGCCGGCUGUUCAUUGAGGAGGCGCUGUAUUCCCAGGCCCUCUGGACUUGCCCCACAUGCAUGGCCGACCUGGGUGUCACCUUGGAGCUACACAACAACUUCAGGCUGCGCAACUUCGUGGAGGCAUUUACGGCCAUCACUUCCAAAGCUCGACGAGAAAGCCUCCAGCAGGACAAAGGCGCUGAGAAGGGGAAGACGGACGUGGUUGCCUGUGAGCAGUGCCUGGAUGAGCCCCAGCCGGCCGUGAAAACCUGCCUGAUUUGCGAGGCGUCCCUGUGCCAGGCCCACCUGAGCAAACACAACGCCAGGGCUUUCCAUCUGGAACACAUCCUGGUGGAGGUGGGAGCAGGCAAGGAGGAGGAGAGGAGGUGCCGGGAUCACGUCAAGCUGCUGGAAUGCUACUGCCUCAGGAAGGAGAAGUGCAUCUGCGUGCUCUGCUCCAUGGCCGGGGCCCACAAGGGCCACGAGGUCAUCACCAUGAAGGAGGGACACGACAGAGAGCUGGGCGGCUCCCCGCAGGAGAGGCUCCGCUACCCCACGGCAGUUAAACUCUCCAGCAUCAUGACAGACCUGCAGGAAUCUAAAAGUGAUUUAGUUACUGCCCUAGAAGAGCUUCAGAAAAGGGAGAAUCAGAUCAAGAACAAUACCAAAACACUGACUUCUGACCUAAAAAAGCUGUUCAGAAGUAUAAAGGCAGAGCUUGAUAAGAAACAGACGAUGAUCCUGAGUGACAUUCAGUCUUACGAGGAAGCAGACCUGGCAGUUGUCACCAAGGCAAGGAAGGAAAUGGAACAGAAGAGAGACCAGGCUGAGCAGAAUCUUCAGGCUUUGCAGAUGUUAAAAGAGCAACCAGAUAUUUUCCUCUUCCUCAGAUCCUCUUGUGCCCCGGGCCGGGGGGUGGAAGGGGCGCGGCUCUGCCCGGCCCUCCCUGCCCGGAGCGGGGCGGUGCUGCCGGGGCCCGCCGCGGGCGGGCGGUCCCUCCGCCUGUCCGUCUGUCCGGCCGUAACUGUCUGUCCGGCCGUCCGUCUGUCUGUAACUCUGUCCGUCCGUCCGCCGGUCGGUCCCAGCCGCCGCAGGUCCCCGGGGAGCCGCGGGCGGUGA